CCGAUUUUUAUAACAGGCAUCACAAUAGGAGCAACAUAUACUAGAGAAUAUAACCAUAGUCAUGCAUGCUGGUUAUCUACAAACAGUGGAUCUAUAUAUGGUUUUGUGGGUCCUGUUUUGCUUAUUAUUUGUAUAAAUUUAUGUAUAAUAUGUUCCCUAUUUCGAGUGAUGUGUGCCACCAGGUUGUUGACUGAGUCAACGGCGAAAAAGAAAGCAGCAACUGGUGCUCGCAGUCUGUGUACACUUCUACCCGUUCUGGGAAUCACAUGGGUGUUUGGAAUUUUAUCUAUCAAUGAAGAUUUGAUUGUCUUUCAGUAUCUUUUUGCAGUAUUUAAUUCUCUACAGGGACUAUUUAUUUUUCUUCCAAACUGUGUAUUUAAUAAAAAGGUUAGAGAGGGUUUUCUUCAUAAGAUGAGGUUGUUUGAAUCACAACAAGAAAAUAGUAAAAUAGAGUCCAAAAAUUUAAAAAGAUUUUCAAAUGCACAGGAAAAUUUGAAAACAGUCAAGAAAGACACGGAGAAAGUGACAAAAAUUUCCAGAAGAGUUACUCCACCAGUUCGACUUAUUAGAUAUACAAAGCAGUUAGAUUUCAUAGAUGGUGGAUAUGAUAAUGUUUGUUUUGAUGCCAUGCUCCCUUCAGAAAACACCCUGUCUCUUAGCACGCCGAAAACAUCACAAACAAAUUUACAGUCCAAAUCGGAGGAGAAUGGAUUUUAUAAUGCUGAAUUAUACAGUGUAAAUCAGUUGUAGAAGUGCCAUUAACGACCACAUUUGUGCCAAAGAGUGAUGGACCGUCACAGAUAUUUAGAAAAUAUAUACAUGCACUUAUAUUCAUUG